GCUUGGCCGGCGCGCGCCUGCGCGGGGCUGGGCCGGGCCGGGCCGGCGGCGGGGCUGCACCUGCGGCCGCCGCGGGGCGGGGCGGGGCGGAGCGGGGCGGGGCGGGAGCGCCGGCGGGCAGCCGGCCAGCGCGGAAAUGCCGGAGCGGCAGAGGUAGCCCCCGGGUGGCGGCAGCCCAUGUGCGAGCCGCGCUCGGGGCGGCAGGCGUCCUCCUCUCCCUGCCCGCCCCCAGCGCCGUGAGCCUGCCCCCGGCGGCCGCGCCUCCGCCCCCCGGGCUAUCUCCGCACCUGGGCCGCGCCCGCCGCCGGGAGGAUGGCACAGCCGGCGGCGGAGGCGUGUGCCUGCGCCGCGGCACCGGCAGACGAUGGCGAGGAGACAAACGGCAGGAAGGUGGCUCUCAUCACGGGCAUCACUGGGCAGGGAUAAUGAUGCUCUCAGAGUCCUGGUGUUUUGAGCAAGAAGGUGCAGGAGAAAAAUGGCAUGGAAGGAAAAAUCACAAUUUCCCUUGGAGCAGCUUCUGCACUGUGAAAAAAGAUGUGCUGGUGGAUGGAUCGUACUUGGCUGAGUUCCUGCUGGAAAAAGGCUACGAGGUACAUGGCAUCGUUCGUCGGUCUAGUUCUUUUAAUACAGGCCGGAUUGAACAUCUCUAUAAGAACCCACAGGCUCACACUGAAGGAAACAUGAAGCUGCAUUAUGGUGACCUCACGGACAGCACCUGCCUGGUGAAGAUCAUCAAUGAAGUCAAACCCUCUGAGAUAUACAACCUGGGAGCUCAGAGCCACGUCAAGAUUUCUUUCGACCUAGCAGAAUAUACUGCUGAUGUUGAUGGGGUUGGCACUUUACGGCUCUUAGAUGCUAUUAAGACCUGUGGCCUUAUCAACUCUGUGAAGUUCUACCAAGCCUCCACCAGUGAACUUUUUGGAAAAGUGCAAGAAAUCCCACAAAAGGAGACCACCCCUUUUUACCCGAGAUCGCCUUACGGGGCAGCAAAACUGUAUGCCUACUGGAUUGUGGUGAACUUCAGAGAGGCCUACAAUCUCUUUGCUGUCAACGGCAUCCUCUUCAAUCACGAAAGCCCCAGGAGAGGGGCUAACUUUGUUACUCGAAAAAUUAGCCGAUCAGUUGCAAAGAUUCACCUGGGGCAGCUGGAUUGUUUCAGCCUGGGCAAUCUGGAUGCUAAGAGAGACUGGGGCCAUGCCAGGGACUACGUUGAGGCCAUGUGGCUGAUGUUACAAACAGAUGAGCCUGAGGACUUUGUUAUAGCCACUGGGGAGGUCCAUAGUGUCCGUGAAUUUGUGGAGAAGUCAUUUAAGCACAUUGGGAAAACCAUUGUGUGGGAAGGGAAGAAUGAAAAUGAAGUAGGACGAUGCAAAGAGACUGGCCAUAUCCAUGUGACAGUCAAUCACAAGUACUACAGGCCAACUGAAGUGGAUUUUCUGCAAGGGGACUGUACCAAAGCCAGACAAAAGCUGAACUGGAAACCAAGAGUCACAUUUGAUGAGCUGGUGAGGGAGAUGGUGGAUGCCGAUGUGGAGCUCAUGAAGAACAACCCUAACGCCUGAGGCCCAGCUGGCAUCACAGGACCUGUGGCAGGGGCGCACCCCACAGCCAGCACCGCCAUGAGCCACCAGGGUGGCCCCCCCUCUUUGUGAUGGUUUUAUUGCUGGCCUGCCUGUGUGUGAAAGGCCAGUUUUAACCCCCCCUGCACACCCUCCCAGUGCCUCUGGCCCCACACAUCACCCCAGGGUCAGCCCUGCCUGGGCUGACUCCAGCUCCUGCCAUUAACUGGGGAAGGGUCACCUCCCUCUCCCAAUACUGUACCUGAAGUACCCAUCAGCCAGCAAGCCCACUGCUUUCCUUUUUUAAUUAAACCUCAUCUUUCUGUUACCUAGGACCUCCACCACAUUUUUAGUACUUUUUCCCAUUUGCAAAACAAAAGCAUCCCCUGCCCUCCACCCCCAACCUCCCCACUCC